CAGCGCCACAGGUCCACCACAAGCACAUCCACACUGAAGAGGAGGAAGACACUGAGGGAGAGACUGAUAAAGACAAAACAAGAGCAGAGGGAGUUAAUAACAGAUACAGAGAGUGAGAGAGUUAAAGGCCUGUAGGUCACCAGCAACCCAGUCAACAAUUGAGAAUGCCGUCAAACGUGGAUGGUGACCUGGGGUACGGUAGCUUGGCGGCUGGUCAGGGUCCCGGUCUGGCAGGCAGCCUGGUCGUGUCGGAGACAGUGCCGCUCUUGAUCCCGGAGUCUGAACCGGAACCGCGGAAAUGGGCACCAUUGACCAAGGAGCAGUUGGAGCGAGAAGCAGGAGGACCGAGAUGGAGGAAGAUUCGUUCUCGGCUGGUCUGGUUCUUCUGGAUAUGUUGGCUGGCGAUGCUCGGUGCUUCUAUUGCCAUCAUCGUUCAGAGCCCCCGGCCGGUUGCCCCGACACUGUUGUGGUGGCAAAAGGCGUUGUUUUAUCGCCUGCAGCCCGCACUGUUCAUGGACGCCGAAACGCAAGGAGCCGGUGUCAUAGCUGUUAGUGAGCGCCUCCCCUACCUGCAGACCCUGGGGGUGGGGGCUGUGGUGCUGGAAGGACUGUUCAGCAAUUCUGUGUCCGCUCUAGACCUCUCUUUGGUGGACCCCAGUGUGGGAACAACACCCCAGAUCCAGCAUCUUCUCAUGGAGAGCCACAAGGCUGGUCUAAAGGUAGUUCUGGACUGGUGUGAUCUGGAUCUGGCUGCACCUGAGGCCCUGGUGAACAACAGCAAUGUCCAGAAGGCCAUUCGUUACUGGUUGGACCAGGGUGUGGCUGGAUUUGGAAUCUGUGACACUGACACAGCCUACUCACAGAAGACUUUGGUGGAGUUGAGAGUUUUGCUCGAGGAGUUCAGCACUCAAGAUGAUGAGAGGAUAGUGAUGGUAACACAGAAAGGAGAUGUCCCGAACACCUCCAGCUCCUCCCUCAACAGCUCAAUGGUUGAGCUGGUCACAAGGUCACUCCUGCCGCAAGCGCAUCACCUCCUGUCUACACAGGAAGUGGCAAUUGCCUUGGAAACGCUCCUGGAUACACCAAUGGGAGAUGCAUGGCCGAGCUGGACAUUGGGAGAGGAGUUGGCGUGGCGGCUGCAGAGAGUGCUCAUGGUCCUGAUGAUGACGCUUCCUGGAUCACCUGUUGUGAAAUACGGAGAAGAGAUCAACCCCACUCAGAAUGUUUCUCUGGGCUUGGUGCAAGGUCAACACGCGGACGUACAGAUGGAUGAGGGGAGACGUCAGCGUUCGGAGGUGUCUCUCUUCACCUCUCUCAGCCACUACAGAGGACGAGAAGAGGCCCUGCUCUUCGGGAGCCUCUCCUUCCUCUCCUUCAACAGCACCUCCCUCUCCUCCUCGUCCAGCAACUCGUCCUCCCUCCCCUCCUCCUUCUCUCCUCCCAUCCUGGCGUUUCUGCGUUCCUGGGGUUGCGUCCAUGUCCUGGUGGUGGUGAACUUGGGAUCAGAAACCCACGCUCUGGACCCCGCUUGGGCCCCUAGCUUGCCCAGCGCCGGAGUGUUCAUGACCAGCACAGGGAUGAACCGUUUAGGAGCCAUUUCCCUCGAUGCCCUGAAGCUCGGACCACAGGAAGGCAUCGUCAUUAAGCUGUUCCAGACAGGAAGUUACAGCCCUUAGUCCUCGCUGGGAGGGAGGGGGGGGUGACUUUGUGACACGGAGAACCAGAGGACUGGGAUUGUAAUAGUAAAAAAAGUUUUUUUUAAAGGUGACGUUCAAGAUGGCUAAAUAGUAACAAUAAAAUGUGAAGUAACGAACAUUGUUUUUAUUGUACAUCUCAGCUGCCAUUAGGGGGAGCCACACAACUAUGGCACAGUACAUGAGUCAGUCUAACAUGUUUACUCUCUUCAUUUCGUAUGACAACAUUGUCUUCUCCGACUGUAGGUCCCAUUAAGAUUGUCUGUGGACAGCAUAACUAUUGUUUGUCUAAC